GGGAGAGUGGCCGAGUGGUCAAAAGCGACAGACUGUAAAUCUGUUGAAGUUUUUCUACGUAGGUUCGAAUCCUGCCUCUCCCA